AUGAGGCCCGGGGCCCCCGCCACCCUCCCCCACUACCAGCGAUCGGCGCCGCGCCGCGCUCCCACUUCGUGGCUCGCCAGUCGGUCUGUGCUGGCAGGUGAGAGAGGAGUGGCCAUGGGUGUCCAGGCCAAGCAUGAUACAUUAGGCAUCAAGAAAGUUUUGAAGUGCUCUAUCAGAAUAAGCUAUAGAUGUGCCUCUGAACACUGGGCUCUCUUCAGUCUAGCCCUACUGCUUUACCUGCUGUACAGAUCUUCACCGGGUCUCUUCGCUUUCCUUCUCUCCACUUCCCCUGUAAUUAUUUGCGCCACCCUUCUUCUUGGUAUACUGCUAAGUUAUGGGAGCACACAUCUUCCUGAGUCCGUUGAAGACCGGAAGACUGACACAGAUAGUUCAGCUCCCAGGUUUGGAUGUUUUUCCAGAAAUGUUCAUUUUGGAGCACAUCAGGGAUUUUCAGUGCCUGCAGUUAAGGAGAGCACAGUUGGCUUUAAAUGUUGGGAAAUCAGAAACCCAAGUUUUAGCAAGGCAAGGGCUGACAAGCUUACUGAGCUGGAUGAUACUGUUCCUCUUUUGAAGGAAUCAGUUGAUCAAGGAGAUGAGAGAGUUUAUGGACAUGAUAGACUCACUGAACUCUUCGCUUCUAUUUCUUCCAUGGUGACACUGCAGCAAGAGGUUGGUAUGGAGAAAUUCAUGAAGGCUGAUCAUGAACGGGAGUUCAGAGAUCCAUUUUCCAACAAUGAUAAUAGUACCGAGUAUGCUAGCCUGUUUGAGGAUGCUGGUCAAAGAAGAGUUGAUGAGAAGGAGACAACAUUUGGCUUAUGCUCUUCCAGUGAGAAUGAUAGGGAAAAUGAUGAAACAGUAAGAAAGGAAAAUCAAGAUAAAUUGUUGACAGAUGAUCAAAGUGAUAAUGUGGGAGAGGUUUCAGAAGAUAACCCAGCUAAAAAACCGGCUGGUACUUGCAAAUGGGGCCGUGCUUUUUCUGUCCGUCAGAGAAAGAAGCUUGAUGGGAUAAAGAUUGAGCCUAUCAAUGUUGAUAUCAGCAGCCAGUUAGACUCUUCUCUAGUUUCACCAUGUGCAAGAGUUGGCAACCAUGAUGUUUCAUCAGAUUUUGAUUCUGUCAAGCCAGAGUUUUCCUCUUCUGAUAUCACUAUGGUUGACGUUGCUCCAAUGCUCGAUGGUAAUGAUCCUCCUUUAAGCAAUGAUGAUUCUGGUAAGCUAGAGGAUUCCUCUUGUGAUAUCACUAUGGCUGAUGUUGCUCCAAUGCUUGAUGAGAUUGAUCCUCCUUUAGGCAAUGAAUUCCCUAGCCCCGAGCCCAUUGACAAUGAUGAUUCUGUCUGCGGUUCCAACUUCUGCCGCCUGGAUCCUCAAAUGGACAGUGAUAAUAACAGCAAGCCUGAUACUAGUAAAGCUGAAAAUGAUGCUAAGGAUGGAGAAAAGAAGAAGGAUGAUGGUGGGAACCAACCUGAAUUUCUUGGGACAGCAGACGAAGAUAAGAAUGCCAUGGAUCUUGGGUACUCUGAGGUGGAAAGGAGUCGUAGAUUGGAGUUCUUGAUGGCUAAGAGAAGAUCAAGGAAGAAUAUAAUAUUUGAUCUUGAUGGAAAUGAUGCUUGUCAGAGUGCAGAUAGAUUUUCACGUUUCCGUAUGCAAGUUCAGCCCAUUUCAGUAUCAAGGAGGAGCCCUUUUGACCUUGCUUCUGAUCCUGAUGAGGCAGCCAUUCCUGGCUCGGCUCCUUCAAUCAUGCAUCGGCGAAAUAACCUGUUUGAACCCCCUUCUGAACAAUCAGAUGAUGGUGGUGUAUCUGCACAUGAUAACUUGGAUUCUCAAGAAAUCAUGACAGGUUCCCGCCGAGACAUGGUCUUCAAGAGGCAUGAUACCUUCAAUUUUGGCGGCCAAGAGAGACACCGUUCUCGAUUUAAGCCAUGUUUCGUGCUGGAUGCAAUGGAUAUUCAGGAAGAAAGUACAGGCAGUUUCCAGAGGCAGUUCAGUGACAAGAGUGUGUCAAAACUAAGUGCUGUAUCUGAGUGUGAUACCCUUUCUUCGGUCGCUGAUCAAGAGGAAAGCAACAACCUCGUCAAAAAGGAUUUCCAGAGGUGGUUCAGUGACAAGAGCGUGUCAAGACUGAGCGUUGUUUCUGAAUCUGACACCCUUUCUUUGGGCGCCGAUCAAGAGGAAUGCAACGACCUUGUGAAAAAGGAUUUCCAGAGGUGGUUCAGUGACAAGAGCAUGUCGAGGCUGAGCGUUGUUUCUGGAUCUGACGCCCUUUCUUUGGCCGCCGGUCAAGAGGAACGCAGCGACUUCAAUAAGGACUUCCUCUGGUAUUUCCAGAGGCAGUUCAGUGACAAGAGCAUGUCGAAAGUAACUGUUGUUUCUGAAUCCGAUGCCCUUUCUUUGGUCGCCGACCAGGAGGAACACACCGACUUCAAUAAGGAUUUCCUUUGGUACUUCCAGAGGCAGUUCAGCGACAAGAGCGUGUCGAGGCAGAGCGUUGUUGCUGAAUCUGAUAUCAUUUCGUCAGUCACCGAUCAAGAGGACCGCAGCGACCUCGUCGAGAAGGAUGUCCUUUUGGGGGACACGUCGCCAGAGCUGCCAAGACAGGAAAGUGAUGUUGGAAAUGCUGGAAGCAAAUGCCCAGACACGGUUGAUUUUUUGGGUGAUGAAACUCUGAAUGCCGCUGUCGCCAGUGGGAUGGAGCCUGAGCCAGUGUGCAAUGCUGCAACAUAG